AUGGCAAGAACUUGGCCCACUAUGCAAGCGUCCUCCUUCUCCGCCGUCCUCUCUCUGCUCGUCGUUGCUCUUGCCAGCAUCGUCUUCGCUCGACCCACCCAAAUUUACGUUCCCCCAUUGACCUCUCCUAGCGCGGGUACCUCGUGGAAGGCCGGCGGACGUUACAACGUUACAUGGGACACAUCCAAACCACCGGAGGAUAUCACGAACGACCGUGGACGGGUCGUCCUUGCGCGCGAUGGCUUGCAAGACCAUGCCCACCCCCUGGCAGAAGGCUUCCUCAUCUUGGACGGCCGAGUGGAGGUGACGAUCCCGAAGGACGUCCAGCCCGGAAACGCAUACCAACUUGUUUUGUUUGGUGACUCUGGGAAUUACGGCCCACGAUUCACGAUCACAAAGUAG